CCGCCCCGCCCCGCCCCGCUCCGCUGAUUCCCGGAAGCGACCGCGUACGAGCGCUCUCAGGCGCUGCCGGGGGUCGUGUGCCUGGAGGAAGCCGCGGCACCCCCGGCGCCCGUCCAUGGCGCGGAGCCUCGGGAGCUGGCUGGGCGGCUGCCUGCUGGUGUCAGCAUUAGGAAUGGUACCACCUCCUGAAAAUGUCAGAAUGAAUUCUGUUAAUUUCAAGAACAUUCUACAGUGGGAGUCACCUGCUUUUGCCAAAGGGAACCUGACUUUCACAGCUCAGUACCUAAGUUAUAGGAUAUUCCAAGAUAAAUGCACGAGUACUACCUUGACGGAAUGUGAUUUCUCAAGUCUUUCCAAGUAUGGUGACCACACCUUGAGAGUCAGGGCUGAAUUUGCAGAUGAGCAUUCAGACUGGGUAAACAUCACCUUCUGUCCUGUGGAUGACACCAUUAUUGGACCCCCUGGAAUGCAAGUAGAAGUACUUGCUGAUUCUUUACAUAUGCGUUUCUUAGCCCCUAAAAUUGAAAAUGAAUACGAAACUUGGACUAUGAAGAAUGUGUAUAAUUCAUGGACUUAUAAUGUGCAAUAUUGGAAAAAUGGUACUGAUGAAAAGUUUCAAAUUACUCCUCAGUAUGACUUUGAGGUCCUCAGAAACCUGGAGCCAUGGACAACUUAUUGUGUUCAAGUUCAAGGGUUUCUUCCUGAUCGGAACAAAACUGGGGAAUGGAGUGAGCCUGUCUGUGAGAAAACAACCAGUGAUGAGAAGCGGUCUCACUAUGUUGCCCAGACUGGUCUCAAACUCCUGGGCUCAAGCGAUCCUCCCGCCUCGGCCUCCCAGAGUCCUGGGAUUACAGAGACGGUCCCCUCCUGGAUGGUGGCCAUCAUCCUCAUGGCCUCGGUCUUCGUGGUCUGCCUGGCACUCCUUGGCUGCUUCGCCUUGCUGUGGUGCAUUUAUAAGAAGACAAAGUACACCUUCUCCCCUGGGAAUUCUCUUCCACAGCACCUGAAAGAGUUUUUGGGCCAUCCUCAUCAUAACACACUUCUGUUUUUCUCCUUUCCAUUCUCGGAUGAGAAUGAUGUUUUUGACAAGCUAAGUGUCAUUGCAGAAGACUCUGAGAGCAGCAAGCAGAAUCCUGAUGACAGCUGCAGCCUCGGGACCCCGUCUGGGCAGGGACCCCAGAGCUAGGCUCUGAGAAGGAAACACACUCGGCUGGGCACAGUGAUGUGCUCCAUCUCACAUCUGCCUCAGUGAGGGAUCAGGGCGGAAAACAAGGGCCAAGACCAUCUAAGCCAGCCCCACAUCUAGAACUCCCAGACCCUGGACUUACCUAAGCAACCAAAGAGCUACAUUUUAAAGGUUCGCUUGGCAAAAAUAUUCCAUUUGGGAACUCACUGCCUUAUAAAGGCUCUCGCGAUGUUUUUAAAAGUUGGCCACUGAGAGUGUAAUUUUCAGCCCCUUAUAUCACUAAAAUAGGAUCAUGUUUUAAUUGUGAGAAACAGGGCUGAGCGCAGUGGCUCACGCCUGUAAUACCAGCACCUUGGGAGGUUAAGGCAGGCGAAUCACCUGAGGGCAGGAGUUCAAGACCAGCCUGGCCAACAUGGUGAAAGCCCGUCUCUACUAAAAAUGCAAAAAUUAGCUGGGCGUGAUGGCACAUGCCUAUAAUCCCAGCUACUCAAGUGCCUGAGGCAGGAGAAUUGCAUGAAUCCGGGAGGAGGAGGAGGUCGCAGUGAGCCGAGAUAGCGGCAAUGCAUUCCAGCCUGGGUGACAAAGUGAGACUCCGUCUCAAAAAAAAACAAAAAAAAAAUAUGAGAAACAGAAAUAUUUAAAAAUUUUAAAUGAGGAAUAAGAAUGGAGAUGUUGUAACAUUCUACCAGAUUAUGGAUAGAUUGAUCUGAAAAUGAACCUCAACUCAAGGGUGGUCAGCUCAAUGCUUUCCAGAACACGGACUUUUGGAUUCUUUGGGGUACUUUGACUGAAUUUAUUUUUCUACCUAUAUAUGUUUUAUAUGCUGCUGGUGCUCCAUUAAAGUGUUACUCUGUGUGGCACUGUA